CUAUGAAGUUUCCGGUGACCACGAGAAUUCUUUAUGUAUUGAUAUGCCUGUCUUUUUUGGAUGUUCCGUGUGAAAUCCUUACCCAGACGUUUCCCAUUCUAGCGGAUACUAUAAAUGACAUGAAUAAUCACACUUUGAUGACACACUAUGGAAUUACACCAACUGUUACAAGCAUUUCAAUUAUGAAUUCAAUGAUAACAUCAUCCGAAACGGUAGGAACAUUAUUAUCACUAAUUUUUCUGAUCCCCAUGGCUGACACAAAAGGAAGAAAGUUUCUCGUCAUCUACAUGCGAUCUGCCCUGUUGAUUUUAUCAGCGCUUUGUCAGGUGUUAUCCGCGUACUCUCAAUCUGCUGAAUUUUUCAUAAUGAGUAAACUAUUCGAAGGCCUGCAACAUCCUCUGGGCACAUUUCUUACGGCAUUGUUCAUAGCCGAAUGUGCACCAGAUAAGAAUCGAGGAUUCGCUUGUACAUCGCUGGUAGUUUUAGUUGGAAUUGUGAGAAUGAUCAUGUUGCCCAUAGCGUCACCAGCUGUGUUAGGAAAAGCGGACACUUGGUUUGUGUUCCCACUGGCCGCACUGAUAAGCAGUUUUUUGGUUUUAAUAUGGGUAUGCCGGUUACCUGAGUCACCGAAAUGGCUGGUCUGCCAAAACAGAAUAGAGGAGGCUAAACGGUCCAUUGAAUAUUACCAUGGGAACGAUUCCUCGGAGAAUUUCAAUAACGUUUUGCUAUCUAUUGUGAAAGAAAAGAACCUAACAAUUGAGUCGCAUAUAUCUUUAAGAGAAGUCUUACAAAAUGACACAUUACGAGAGGGGUUCAAAGUGCUGUUUUCAUUUUUAUUUUUUAUAUUAAUCGAUUCUGAUAAUGCAUUGUCAGUUUACACUGUCCUACUUCACAAAAGUGCAGGAUUUACCACACAAGAGGCAAUCAAUAUCAACUUGAUAAUCUCCAUAGUAUUUUUCCCAACUCAAUUCAUUGGAACAUUGUUAAUUGAUUAUCUUGGUAGGCGUCCGGCCUUUUGUAUUGGCGGAUUCAUGAUAUUCAUUAAAAGUUGCCUCCUAUUACUCGUUCAAUUUGCUAUAUAUUUUUUUGGAGCAAACCUGAUUACAAAAAUAAUUGAUAUUAUCAUUGCAUGUCUAGGCUCUGGGCCGAAUGCAACUGGAAUGUCUUCGCUUAGAAUAUUAUUCAUAACCGAACUAUUUCCGCCGUCGGCAAGAACCUCCAUAUCCCAGAUAAUGCUCUUCACAAGUCUAGCAAUCAAUUCGUCUCUUUUGUCGUCUUUUCCACUACUCUACUCUUGGUUCCCACCAGCAUUUUUCACACCACUUGUAUUCACGCAAAUGUUUUUCGGUAUCUACUUGUACAGGUACAUGCCCGAAACUAAAGGUCGGGCGGUUUGUGAUAUUAUAGAGUCAUUCGACGAAGAAGUCGCGUCAAGAUCCGUUUCAUUCCUGCAGGAAAAAACUCCAUUAAUUCGAAAAAGAUCCAACACGCAUGCCUUCAAAAGAAACAGCAUUCUCAACACUUCUCGAACAAGAGCUUUAACUUUCGAUCAUAUGUUAAUUCCAAGGAGAAAAUGAAAAUUAAUACCUUCUUCAAUGAUAAUUAUAUGUAUUUUUUCAAUAAAAAUUAUAAUAUUUUACAA